CUUGUGGUUGAAUGGUGCUGCCAUCUAUCGGUUGAAAGUAUAAUAAUACUCGCUCUCUGGCAUGGUGGAGUGAUUAUUAUACGACAUCGUGACGAAUAUAUCAACACUUUAAUGGAGUUUUUGAUAUAAAAUAGAGUCCACCGAAAAACAAAGACAGGUACUGCUUAAACUCAGGAUGCACCCAGACCUUUCUCCACACUUACACACGGACGAGUGUAAUGAACUGAUCUCACUGCUGAAGAAGUGUCACCAAGAGCACAACGUCCUGCGCUUCUUUGGGACGUGUAACGAUGUGGAUCGAUCGAUGAGGGAGUGUCUAAGGAAAGAGUAUCAGGCCAAGCGAGAGCGCAGCAAAGCUCACGCAGAGGAGAUGAGGCAGCGGAUCAAGGAAGGACCUAAAACUCAACCCUGAGGCAGAAUUCUAGAAAAUAGAAAGAUAUAAAAUAUAUAUUCAGGAUUCAUGAGAAGGACUUUGAGCUUUCACUGGACAUGGAAGACGUUCUCAUUCUCUUUGACAGAUAAUGAUAAUUAUUUCAGUUGUACAGCUAUAGUACUCGCACUCGCUCUCGGGAUGGGGUGCAAAUACUUUUGGAAAGCAUUUAUACAGGCUUAAACGGAUAGCACAGGGUCACUCUGAUGGAUGAAGUGCAACCUUAAUCAUCAUGAAGAAGAAACGGAAUUAAAGAAAUACAUCCAAACUCUA